AUGGGCGGGCUGGAAUAAUUUAGUGACAGGACAGAGGGAGGCAGUAUAAAAGGUCAGUUUUGAUCGGGGGGGAGUCAGGUCAAGAAGAAUUUGGUACAGUCACACAGGAUAUUUUCCUACUUUGCAGCUUUUCCAUCCGCUGAGAUCAUGGCUGACUUUGACGCAGUUCUGAAGUUCUGGGGUCCAAUUGAGGCAGACUACGCUGGCAACGGGGGCCUGGUUCUGAACCGUUUAUUCACAGAGAACCCAGAAACCCAGCAGCUGUUCCCCAAGUUUGCCGGGAUUGCCAAGGGCGACCUGGCGGGAAAUCCAGCUGUUUCUGCCCACGGUGAAACCGUGCUGAAGAAACUUGGUGAGCUACUGAAGGCCAGAGGUAACCAUGCUGCAAUCCUCAAACCUUUGGCCAACAGCCACGCCACAAAGCACAAGAUCCCCAUUAAAAACUUCAAGCUGAUUUCUGAGGUCAUUGUUAAAGUCAUGGAGGAGAAGGCAGGGUUGGAUGCCGCCGGGCAGCAGGCCAUGAGGAACGUGAUGGCUGCUGUCAUCGCUGACAUUGACGCCACUUACAAAGAGCUGAACUUUGCUGGCUGAAGAUUAAAGUCACAUGAGUCAUGCAGGGGUCAGAUGACAAGAAGAUUUCCUACAUGCAUGUCCUGUUUUGAAAAUUAAAUUGCUUAACUCUUUGCAUACAUACAUUAAUUCAUUUCCACUGAGAGGAUUAUAGCUUCAUCGUACGAAUUAAAUAAGAUAAUAAGGUUCGCAUGUAUCUUCUACUGCAUUAUUGUACUAGAUUGCAUCAGAUGGCAUAGGUCUUUUGAUAGUGUGUCCUGUCAUAUAACUGCUGAGAAAUGAACAUGUUCUUCAUCUUGUUCAGGAUUCUUGUCUAACGUCAUACUGUAAACCCUGUUCAUAUAUUACCAAUAAAAGUCUGUCACUCUA